AUGGCUGCAGGAGUAGCAACAUGGCUGCCCUUUGCCCGCGCAGCAGCUGUGGGCUGGCUCCCAUUGGCCAAGAAGCCCAUGCCCAAGCCUCCUGCUGACAAGAAACGCCGGAGUGAUGAGAUCUUGGUCAUCAACGUCAGUGGAAAACGCUUCCAAACUUGGAAAAACACCUUGGACCGUUAUCCGGAUACCCUGUUAGGCAGCUCAGAGAAGGAAUUCUUCUAUGACGAAGACAGCAAGGAGUACUUCUUUGAUCGUGACCCAGAAAUGUUCCGCCAUAUCCUCAAUUUCUACCGCACUGGCAGACUCCACUACCCCCGCCAAGAGUGUAUACAGGCCUUUGACGAAGAGUUGUCAUUCUAUGGCAUCAUCCCAGAGCUGAUUGGAGACUGUUGCUUGGAGGAGUACCGUGACCGUAAAAAGGAGAAUGCUGAGCGCCUUGCCGAGGAUGAAGAAGCUGAAAUAGCCACAGAUACCGGCUUGCCACCAGACAGCACGUUCCGUCAACGGCUCUGGAGAGCAUUUGAGAACCCACACACCAGCACCAUGGCUUUGGUCUUCUAUUACGUGACUGGGUUCUUUAUUGCCGUGUCAGUCAUUGCCAAUGUAGUGGAGACCAUCCCGUGCCGGCCUUCUCCUGGGAAGAAGAGGAACCAGUCCUGUGGGGAGCGAUUCCCCAAGGCAUUCUUGUGCAUGGACACAGCCUGCGUCCUCAUCUUCACCUUUGAGUAUCUCAUGCGGCUCUUUGCUGCCCCAAGUCGGUUCAAGUUCAUGAAGAGCGUGAUGAGCAUUAUUGACGUAGUCGCCAUCAUGCCCUAUUACAUUGGGCUGGUUGUGCCAGAAAACGAUAACCUCAGUGGGGCCUUCGUGACGCUGAGGGUCUUCCGCGUCUUCCGUAUCUUCAAGUUCUCACGCCACUCACAAGGGCUGAGGAUCCUGGGCUACACCCUCAAGAGCUGUGCUUCUGAGUUGGGCUUCCUCCUCUUCUCCCUCACCAUGGCCAUCAUAAUCUUUGCCACUGUUAUGUUCUAUGCUGAGAAGGGCACUACUCCCACCAACUUCACCAGCAUCCCUGCUGCCUUCUGGUACACCAUUGUCACCAUGACCACACUUGGCUAUGGUGACAUGGUCCCAAGCACCAUUGCAGGGAAGAUCUUUGGAUCCAUCUGCUCUCUGAGUGGGGUGCUGGUCAUCGCCCUCCCUGUACCCGUCAUCGUUUCCAACUUCAGCCGCAUCUACCACCAGAACCAGCGGGCAGAUAAACGGCGAGCUCAACAGAAGGUUCGCCUGGCCCGGAUCCGGCUGGCCAAGAGCGGCACUACCAACGCUUUCCUUCAGUACAAGCAGAAUGGAGGCCUUGAGGACAGAGACCCUGAUGCUCAUGCCUUGGCUGUGCGCAACCGAUCAGCCUUUGAACAGCAACAUCAUCAUUUGUUGCACUGCCUGGAGAAAACUACCAGUCACGAGUUUACUGAUGAACACUCCUACAGUGAGUUUUGCCUGAGUGAACCCCUGGGCUACCGCACCAGCCGCAGUACUUCUCUCUCCUCCCAAGGAGGCAAAGGGGGUCUAAGCACCUCAUGCUGCCCCCGCCGCACCAAACGCCGCACCACCCGUCUAACCAACUCCACGACGUCAGUGAGCCGUGCCAGUGCUCAGGAGCUGGAUACAUUGAACAGUCAGAAAAGUGCUGCCCCCCAGAGCCGCUCCAACCUGAACGCCAAGACCCACGACAACUUGAAGCUGAACUGUGACACCACAGACUUCACAGCAGCCAUCAUCUGCAUCCCAACCCCUCCUGCCAACACACCAGAUGAGAGCCAGCCCCCUUCCCCUGGAGGCCCUGGUGGGCCCCUACGCAAUUCCAACCUCUCCACCCCUUACAUACUCCACGAGACUGUCAAGAUCUCUUCCUUGUAAGGGGAGACUGGGGUGGGGUGGGGUGCUUGUCCUGACUCCUUUCUCUGCCCAGAGUCACUACUGGCCAUCUGGGUCCUGCUUAUGAGCUGGGAAAGGGGUCCUCUGCACGAGCCUCCCACCCUGCCCGUUUAGCUGCAAGCUGGAGAUCAGCGGGAUGUGUGUCAGUUUUUUUUUUAGAGGUGAUAUCGUUGGCCACCAACAGGGGGAGCUGGUGAGCAAGGGGUUCUGAUGCCUGCCCAGCUCCCCCUCUGCAAUCAAAGCCAUAUAAGAGGGGAGGUGGAUCCCAGAUGCUAUGCAACUGCAGAGGGGUGGAGUGAUGCAGGGAAAACUAGAUUCCAGCUGGCAGACCUCCAUGGUAAUAGGGAACAUAUCCUGAAGACUGUUUCACGCUCUACCAAACCUAUUAUCCCCUAAGUUGGGAACAGGGCAAGGGCUUAGGGUUGAGUAACAUUCCUGUUUGGACUCUUGAGAGUAAAACAAGGUUUGGGGCAUUGGAGCAGCAGGGAUAGAGAUCAAGGACUCCUCCUGGGCCUUAUCCAUGGCUGUGGGGGGCAGAGGGUGUCUUAAUAGUGGGAUUGCAAGACUCUUCUUUGGUCCGUGUGGCCAAGAGAGGGUGAUGUGCUAGUGAUGCACAUUUGCAGAAAGAGAGCUCUGAGAUUCAGGGCUCUUGGAUUCUGGUCCCAAACACGAUUGGGGGAAGUAUGCCCUCGUGAUCAAAGGAAGGGAUUCUGGAGUUUAUUCCAGCUGAGGGCGAGGUCGCCUGUGGGGAAAGGGGUGAAAAGAAAAGGAAAAAAAAAACCCAGAGUCAACUAAGCUUCCAAUCAGUUUUUCCAUCUGCCUCUCCCGGCUGAGCCAUUUCUGGGAUGGAUGGAGCCUUAUAAAGCCUCUGUCUCUCUCUCUUUCUCUCUGCCUUCUUUCUCUCCAUCCUCAGUACCUGUUCUGUAACAUGGAAACUGCACUUUAAAAGAAAAGAGUCUAUUGCACCAAAACACUACACCUCAUGGGAAUCUCAUGCAUCACGCCCCCAUACACACACGCCUGCACCCCACUGUGUAGCAUUAAGACUGUGCAUGUGUAUAAUACCUCCAAGAGUGGGAUUCCUGAAUCUACGGCUACAAAGCAUCACAUGGCAUGGGUAGCUGUGUCCCCAUCCCCACCUUACCCACCCACCUACCCUGACUGAAGAUAUGCUGUGAAGAACUGAACCAAACCUGCAGAGCAGGAUGAUGGUCUGCAGUUCUCCGGACUUUUUUUAGAGUUACUAUGAAGAGAGAGACUUGACUCUUGAUCCUAUAAACCUCACAGCAUUCAUUAACCGGAGAAGGGACUGACCUUGGCAGAAAGCAGAAAAGGAACUUUGGUGGAAUAACGGAUACCGUUCUAGGUAUCGGGCAAGCAACAAGUCCCAUCGCAUGUAUCAAAUUGGCUAGCUCUCAGCGUCCAGAAAAGGUUAUUCUCUCAACAGGAACAGCCUUUUUCUCUUUU